UGCCAAUGUUAGUAUGGCGACCGCAGGCGACGCUGACCUCGCGGUGUUCUUAUCAAAGGAGGGUUUGAUUAUUGAAGAGCGGACGGGGCGAGGCAGGUGUCUAGUAGCAGGGCGCACGUUCCUCCCUGGCGAGCUUAUUCUGACACAGGCUCCAUACGCGCAUGUCCUGGAUGAGGCGAACCAGGGCAACAGGUGCGACGCCUGCUUCGUGGUCGGGGGCGAGGGGCUCAGACGCUGCGGGGGCUGCAAGCUCGUCAUGUACUGCGACCAGAAGUGCCAGCGAUCCACGUGGCCCCUCCACCAGCACGAGUGCAGAGCGAUCAGCGCCCUCCGGCGGCUGCACGGCACCGUCCCCACCCCAACGCUGCGGCUGGCUUUUCGUGUCAUGGCUAUGCGAACAUUGCAGGCGACUGGCGUUCGUCCCAGAAACGCAGUCGACGAUUACGCUCGUGUCGAGGCUCUCGUCUCCCACUUGGAAGACACCCCGCGAGACACUCUCCUGCUGUACGCGCAAAUGGCGACUCUCGUGAAAGCAAUGGGUGACGUCGAAGGGAGCAAGGUCGCCGUCGAUCCGCGGGAGGUGACGGAGCUUCUGGGCAGGUUCGCCUGCAACGCCCACACCAUCUGUGACGAGGAGCUCAAGCCGGUGGGAAUGGGCCUGUUUGUGGUAAACUCUUUGGCUAACCACGACUGUAACCCGAACGCGAUCAUACUGUACGACGGGCCAAGGGCGAUGAUGAGAGCGUUACGUCCGAUUACAGCGGGGGAUGAGAUAACACACGCUUACAUCGAUCUAGCAGGCAGCCGAAAUCAGCGAAGAGAGCGGCUACGAAAGUACUACUUUGAGUGCCAAUGCGAUCGGUGCGUCCAUCACAGAGAAGAUCCUGUUGACUCGAAGGUUGCAGGGCUAAAGUGCGCUGACGAGAGCUGUGGGGGAUCCCCCGGAUGGGACUGGGAACUGGGAAAAGCAGCGAGAGACAAAACCGGGCGGUACGUAUGCAAGUGCGGGCGGGCUGUGCCAGCAAACGAGGCUGACGCCCGGAAGGAGGAAGCUAACCGGAUUCUGCGGGAGGAGGAAGCAAGCGAGGGGAAAGGCGAAUUUCAGGAGGCGCGCCGGCUCCUGGAAAAAGCGCAUGGGCUUCAGACGUCCGUUCUGCAUCGGCUCAACUGGGAGCUGGUUCGGACGUCCGAUGCGCUUCUACGCGUGUGCAUGGCUCUACAAGACUGGCCGGCUGCCGCGAGUUGGUGUGAACGCACUCUUCCGGCGUACGAAGCAUGCUUGCCGCAGCCGUCCGCACUGUACGGACUGCAGCUGUUCACACUCGCGAAGCUGAAGUGGUUCUUAGAAGAUGCACAGAGCUGCUUCGAAGCAGUACGAAGAGCGUGCGAGAUCUUGACCAUUACUCACGGAGAGAAGCAUAGGCUGGUCCUCGAGGCCAAGGACUUGUUGUCGCAAGCGCAAGCGGAAGCUGGUCAAAGAAGAUUGAGAUAAGAGUUACGCGCACGCUGUUUAGCUACAUAUACGUGGUCCUUUCUCCUCGUUUCGAGAUCAUUGGAUAGAUAUAAUCUGGACGCAGGUUUAGAUUGGUUGGAAGUCUACAAUUUGCAGUAGAAAUUCGGAGCAUUGAGUCACGACUAGGCCGGUCUUCAUAGUCGGUAAAUCCGCUGCAUUCGAAUUUCGGAAGCGGGGUACUGUAGUUUGGAGUCAAUAACGG